CACCUGUGCAUCCUGGACUCCACGCGUCAACUCUUGUAGCAGAUAACACAUUUUUAUAUGCUCCCUUGUCCACAGAAGCCCAUCCGACCUCUUCAUGCUCUUUGAGGCUCUGCGCCAUCAAAGUAAUCUGCGUGUGGCGUUCUUUCCCAUUUUCAUCACUCUUCCUGCCACCACAAUCGAGCCACCAUGGCUGCACCUCAGCCAGUCGUUGAAGUUGACGAUGAUACCGAGACAGAUUCGGCCUUUGGUGAUGACACUGAGAGUGCCACCACCUCGGUUGCCGAGAGCAUCUACAAUUACCGUAAAGAACACGGCAGAACCUACCAUGCUUAUCGAGACGGCAAAUAUUGGAUCCCAAAUGAUGAACGUGAAUCAGAUCGACUAGCCGAUAUGUACCCUGACUGCAGUGUCAAAGGGACAGAUCUCUCACCGACGCAGCCGCAAUUCGUUCCACCUAAUUUGGAGUUCAUCAUUGACGAUGCAGAAGACGAAUGGCUCUUCCGUCACAAGUUUGAUUAUAUCCACUUGCGACUCAUGGCAGGUACCUUCGAGAGCUGGGAGAAGGUGAUACAGUCGGCAUUUGACAAUCUGGAACCCGGAGGAUGGCUAGAGAUCCAAGACUAUGACAUGCCUUGUAAGUCAGACGACAACACCCUUGCGGGCACAAAGCUUGAGCUGUGGGCCAGUAAGAUGGUGGAGGGUGCUCGCAAGAUGGGACGGCCCGUUGAUCAGUCGCCCAACUACCGCCGGUGGAUGCAAGAAAUCGGAUUCGUGGACAUCCAAGAGCAACGCUAUGUCUGGCCAACAAACUGCUGGCCAAGAGAUCCGAAGCUCAAGGAGCUAGGCAAAUGGUCCUUGGUAAAUUUGAACGAAGGCAUGGAUGGGUUCACAUUAGCCAUCUUUACGAGAGUCCUGGGUUGGACAAAGCCCGAAGUGGAUGUACUUUGUGCUCAGGUGCGCGCAGAUCUUCGUAACCGUUCUAUCCAUGCAUAUUUCAGCCUGUGAGUGCUUUGACUCGUGAGUUUCUUGCAUGACGUCGACUGACAAAAGUCUCCCAGGCCGGUGAUAUAUGGUAGGAAGCCGUGCUAGCGAGGAGGAGCGGUGAAUGAAUCGGUUCUUGCAGUCUCAUAAGGUUUCCAUCGCAGCUAGGCUUUAUACAUGAUUCGUGAGCGUUCCAACGUUUGUUGAUUUCUUGAGUCGAGCGAUUCCACUCAAGCAAGGGCAGUGAUAUUUUCGAACAUCGGCGCGGUACCAUAUUGCCAAUUCGGCGUUUUGCAUGGUGGCUCAUAA